GAGAUAGAGACAGAGAGAGAAGGAGGGAAGGAGGGAGGGAAAGAAGAGGGGAAUAGCGUGAGCGCACGCUAGCUAGCUGGCUAGCUAGCUAGCAAAGCAGAGAGACAGACUGAGAUAGGGACUAAGACAGAGACCUAGAGAAAGAGAAGAAGCCUCGUUUUAUCAAGGCUUAGCCUCCAACUUGUUUCAGUUCUUUUAUCCUUUUUUUCUUCUCUGCUUCGGGGAAGUGACUGUGGCACUCGAGCUGCCUGCUAGACACUGAGCUCCAGAGAAGCACCUUUUAUGAAUCUUCGUUCAUGUGAGGGUAGGUUUUUCAGUGAUGCAGCUGCUUUUGAGUCACCCAUGCUCUUGAACAACCUGUCACUCCUGCUCCUCCUGUCUCUCCAAGCUGCUGUCUAAGAAGAUGAUAAUCACACAAAUGUGGCAUUUCUAUGUGACCAGAUUUGGACUUCUUUUCCUGAUUAGUAUUCUCCCUGGAACCACUGGCCAAGGGGAAUCAAGACGACAAGAACCUGGGGACUUUGUGAAGCAAGAUAUUGGCGGACUCUCUCCCAAGCAUGCUCCAGAUAUUCCUGACGACAGCACUGAUAACAUCACUAUCUUCACUAGAAUCUUGGAUCGGCUUCUGGACGGCUAUGAUAACCGGCUACGACCUGGGCUUGGAGAUGCAGUGACUGAAGUGAAGACAGACAUCUAUGUGACCAGUUUUGGCCCUGUGUCAGACACUGACAUGGAAUAUACUAUUGAUGUAUUUUUUAGACAGACAUGGCAUGAUGAAAGACUGAAAUUUGAUGGACCCAUGAAGAUUCUUCCACUGAACAAUCUUCUGGCUAGUAAGAUAUGGACUCCUGACACCUUCUUCCACAAUGGCAAGAAAUCAGUGGCUCACAAUAUGACCACACCCAACAAGCUGCUCAGACUGGUAGACAAUGGGACCCUCCUCUAUACAAUGAGGUUAACAAUACAUGCUGAAUGUCCUAUGCAUUUGGAAGAUUUCCCCAUGGAUGUGCAUGCCUGCCCACUGAAGUUUGGAAGCUAUGCCUAUACUAAAGCUGAAGUGAUUUAUUCUUGGACUCUUGGGAAGAACAAAUCUGUGGAAGUAGCACAGGAUGGCUCUCGCCUGAAUCAGUAUGACUUGCUUGGCCAUGUUGUUGGGACAGAGAUAAUCCGGUCUAGUACAGGAGAAUACGUUGUCAUGACAACCCACUUUCAUCUGAAGAGAAAAAUUGGCUACUUUGUCAUCCAGACCUACUUGCCAUGUAUCAUGACUGUCAUUCUGUCACAAGUGUCUUUCUGGCUUAAUAGAGAAUCUGUCCCUGCCCGCACUGUCUUUGGUGUCACCACUGUUCUCACUAUGACCACCUUGAGUAUCAGUGCCAGAAACUCCUUACCUAAAGUGGCAUACGCGACGGCCAUGGACUGGUUCAUAGCCGUCUGUUAUGCCUUUGUAUUUUCUGCACUGAUUGAAUUUGCCACAGUCAACUACUUCACCAAGCGGAGUUGGGCUUGGGAAGGCAAGAAGGUACCAGAAGCCUUGGAGAUGAAGAAGAAAACACCAGCAGCCCCAACAAAGAAAACGAGCACCACUUUCAACAUCGUGGGAACCACCUAUCCUAUGAACCUGGCCAAGGAUGCUGAGUUCUCCACCAUCUCCAAGGGUGCUGUUCCCAGUGCUUCUUCAACUCCAACAGUCAUUGCUUCGCCUAAGGUCACUUAUGUUCAGGACAGCCCUGCUGAGACCAAGACCUACAACAGUGUCAGCAAGGUUGACAAAAUUUCCCGUAUCAUCUUUCCUGUGCUUUUUGCCAUAUUCAAUCUUGUCUAUUGGGCUACAUAUGUAAACCGGGAAUCGGCUAUCAAAGGCAUGAUCCGCAAACAGUAGAUAAUUGUGGUGGCAUAGCAACCACUGUAUAACCCAUGAAGCAUCCAAACACCCAAAACCCAGGGUUCCCUUCAUGUGUUUCAUGAUUCUUCUUUUUAAUCCUGUUCCAAACUGAGUGUAAUCACUUUCUCAAUUCAUAUUUAUGAACUUCAGUGAAAGUGUAACAACAGAAAAAUGACUUAUCCUUUGAACAUUGCUUGGAUUGAGCCAAUCACUGCCAUUUGUCCAGUUGCUUAUCUUAGUGUACCAGUCUCCCCCUGAUGAGGACACUGCAUGUGUUUAAUUUCACUCUGCCCAACAAAGAAGGGACAGGAGACUCUACUUUUUUUAAUGGAAACCUUGGCUGUAUGAGGUCCAGGGUGUUGAGAUCCAGGAGCAUAUUAAGUAGUCUGCAUUGGAUGAUUCUGACUCACUAUGGAGUUAGGCCCAGCUAUCUCACAUAAUCUUAUCAAUCUGGCCCCUCCCAUCCCUCCAGCAAGGCCUACUAGAUAUAUGAACUGGUAGAAUGGGAAGAAGCCUGUGCAAACUUCCGAAGUGACCCCUAAAUAGUUCCUUGCCUUGGAAGUUAGUGGAGACAGAGAGAGAGAGAGAGAGAGAGAGAGAGAGAGAGAGAGAGAGAGAGAGAGAGAGAGAGAGAUCGAUCUACUCUAGUUUCAGCCAGCCUUUCAAGAAGUAGCAUCUUAAUAUAUGUUUCCUUCAGGAAAGCUUCAACAACACUGAGUCCCUUAUAGCUAGCUGAGUAUUGCUUAUUGUGGAUUCAUGGCUACCUGCAAACUCUUCAGGAAAAAAAAAAUGAACAGACACUUUUAAGUCAAAUUAAAAAAUUACUUAUACACACAAAAUGAUCUAGAUCAAAUGCCUAUAUAAGACUUGUUCAAAGAUGGGGAAUCUAAGAAACUCACCUCCCUGCCAAUGCAAUGGAAUAAGAUGGUUGGUAAUGUUUGAAGACUGAAAUCUGCAUCAAAAGAAAGGGCCACAAACAGGAGAAAGCAAAACUUUUCCUUCUACACUGUAUAUAUCAUGCUCCUCUUUCAGGCUCAGUCAAUUUGCUCCCAUUAUGUCAAGGACUUCUUACCUACUUUGGAUGCUGAUUGCAAUGAGGGGUGAAUUGCAGAUUCAUACAAAUAUCUCUACUUAUUUUUGAGUCAGUUAAAUCAUUAACUUUGUUACCAAUUUUAUAAUGUAUUAGAGGCCAUUUAAUCUCAGUUUGUUAUUAAAUGUAAGCAAAAAGAACAGACAUAAACACACAAUUUUUAUAAGGUAGUCCCAGAAGUUUGAAUAAUUUGCCUGGAGUUCUUAGAGAUGUCUUUAAUAAAGAAAUAUCCUACGCCCAUUUCCAAAGGCCAAAAUGAAGGAAUAACUGAGAAGCCAGGGCCAUUCUUAACUUAGAAUGAGCACAGCCACAGUGGGCCCUCUGGGUCAUAAAGACAGUUUAACACUAUAAAGGUCUUUAAAAGGUAACAGUGCAUUACCCAAGAUCGCUUCUAGUAGUAAUGACUUGAAGAAAUGAGACUGUUUAAUAUAACAGCCCCAGCCACUUUGGAUCUGAAUAGCUCAACUAGUCCAGAGUAUCCAGAAGGUCCAAAGUAAAGCCACAAGUAGCACCACAAGCAGAUUCUCUGCCCACCCACUGAACAAAGCUUCUAAGGGGUGUGUCAUUAGCUGUUGGUUGCCUUUUCAUUCAUCCUUUCCUUAUCCCUUGCUUCCUUGCCAUUGUUGGGAUAAUGCAUGCCAGUCCCAUUAUUCUUAAGACUGUGUCUGUAGGUAAAUUUAUGACUAGAAGAGUAUAGUCUUGUGGAUGUGUAGGAAUGGGGGUUGGGGGGCUGUUAAUGGUUGUCUUAAGGAAUUUAGAAUGGAACCUUGACCUUUGCCUCUCUGUAGAAAUUGUAUUUCAAAAUGCUUUGGUGCAAUGUUUAGUGGCUGUUUAUUAAAACCCUUUAUGAAUUGUA